UCCAGAGAUGGUGACUCCACCACCUCCCUGGGCAGCAUAUCCCAAUGCCUCACCACUCAUUCUGAGAAGAAAUGUUUCCUAACAUCCAACCUGAGCCCCCAAUGGCACAAUUCGGGGCCAUUUCAUCUUGUCCUAUUGCUGUCACCUGGGUGAAUAGGCCGACCCCCACUUUGCUACAACCUUCAGUCAGGCAGUUGUAGGGAGUGAUAAGAUCUCCCCUGAGCCUCCUUUUCAACCAGACUAAACAAUCCCAGUUCCCUUAGCCAUUUCCCGUAAGAUUUGUGUUCCAAAUCCUUCACCAAUUCUGUUGCUCUUCUUUGAAGACUGUGAUGCUUUCCGAUUAAGAAAGUUAUUCCAGUUUGCAUCUAAACCACAAAAAGACAACUAUAUUUAAUGGAAUCUCAGUAGCAUCCAGUGAAUACGUAAGAGAAAAUGAAGCUCUUUCCCCACUUGCAAAUUUCAUUAUAAUGGAUAGGCACCCACUCUUGGCACACAUGGAGGUGUUCAGUCAGGUCGUCAUCUUGCCACCCAACUGAGCACUAGCAGUAAAGGACUAGGGCAGAUUUCUAGUUGUUUCGGAAGAACAAACUGUCUGCAAGCCAGUUUCUUAAGACAAAAGCUGUAUGUAGAUGUGCUAUUGAAAGGAAUGUAAAAAACAGAAGUGACAUGGACCUACUGGAGCGUGUUCAGUGAAAGGUCUUGGAGUUGAUUCGCAUUGCAUGGGGGGUGAUGCAUGAGUUUGGGAUAUUUGGCAGAUGAGAUAGGAGUGAAAAGGCUGGAAUUGUUUGGCCUGGAGAAUGAAGAGCUCAGUGGGGAUCUCAUCAAUGUGUACCAAUAUCUGAUGGGGGAAAGCAAUGAAGAUUGAGUCGGGCUCUUUUCUGUUGUGCCCAGUGAAACACAGGAGGUCAUCCUAACCAUCAGGAAACACUUCUUUGCUGUGCAGGUGGUUGAAUACUCAGUCUGUAUUUCUAAGGCAGUUUUGUAAGAGGCCAUGUCCAAAACUCCAUUAAUAGUGCUAGCCUCAGUGACUUUUCCUCCACUUCUGCAAUUAUCUGUGGGAUUUUUUUCUAUGAUUUCUUUUACGUGCAAUAUACCUGUCUAGCUCUGGUCCAUAUACAUUUUUAUUUAAUCUUCCUAAUACCAAAGAAGUACUUUCCAAUACCAACCAAAUCCAUUCAAGAUGUAAUCUCUGGCAGGUUUCUAAGAAUGCUUUAUUGACAUCAAGUUUAUUUUCUUACAUGCAAGCCUUCUGGGCAAGGAUUGUUUAUUUCCAGUUCCCGUAACACUGCAGAAUGACUUUUUAGUUUCUAGCAAGUAAAAGUACUACCUCAGCGGGUGUAGCAAGCUGAAGGCAAUGCAACAGUUUAGCCCAUAAAAAUGGAUCCACUUUCUAAGGGACACAAUAUAUGAAUGUGGCAGCCCAGAGCCUGACUGCCCCUUUGGAGGGACAGGUCCAGUAACAAUCCAGUGAAGAGGAACUCCUGCUGUAGGGGACUUCUGCAUGCCAACCAACAAUAAGCAACAAGAAGGCAGAUGCUGAAGAGCUGCACACUGGGUGAAGCAGAGUAGGGACCAGCAGCCACUGAUGGCUGUACCCCUGGAGGCCUGUGUCUGUGUGUGACCCCAGAGGCCUUUAUUUUUGAUCCCCUGAACAAGUCAUCUGCGAAGCAGCCUCAGAGCAUCUGGAGCUCACUUUGAGCCUUCCUGCAGGCAGCGCUAGUUCUCUCUUCCCUGUGGGGUAAGCACAGAUCCUGGCCACCGCCACACUCUCACUCUUGACACAAGUCCCCAGGUUGGGCAGCUGCUUCCCCUGUCUGGAAGAAAGCCAGAUGCCACCAGGGCAGAGCCCUUACCACCACUGGUAACAUCCCUCAGCCCAAAAGAGGCCCCUCAGCUCCCUGGCACACAGCUGUUUCCUUCAGUCUCAAGUCUGUGGUUCUAGAUUUUGAAGAAGUAGUUUCACAGUGAUGUGUGCCCUGAAGACACCACCUGCAUGUCUGGGUCGCACACACUGGGGCUGGGGACAGCGGGGCAUCACCAGCAUGGCAGUGUGUCUGCUGCACCUACAAGGUAAGGUCUCCUCAACCCUCUCCUCGAACCUCCCAACCUCUCACUGCAUGCCUUCGUACCUUGCCUUUCUUUCUCCCCUGGCUUCUUAUCCAUUCCUUUUCUCCUGCAUCUUUUCAUCCUGCUUUUCUUCUGUCUUCUGUGUGUCCUCCUCUCUGUCUUAUCUCUCUGAUCUCCCAGCCUGGCUCUUGUCCUGAUGCAUUUCAUGCUUGGGGCAAAAAGUACCUAAAUGCAGUGGGGUAUUUUUGUAUUCCUGACAUAUAUGUAUUAAUACCAGGUUGAUACGAUCACUCUGAACAACAUACCUGCAGUUUUCUGGGUAAAUAAUCUGAGUGAGAUAUGUUGAAAUAUGCAUCUGUAUCAGCAGGUUUUGUUGUCGAACCAUCUAAAUAGAAGGUGUGAUAUUAAUAUCUAGCAAGUGUUUCUGGUUUGUUGGAGAGAAAUUGUGCCAACAUUUCAACUGCUAAGAGAAAAGAAAAUAACAGUUUCUUUUAUCUCAAAUGCCUCCAACUAUUUCUUUCUGGCUUUAAAAUAAAUGACUCGUUCCAAUCAAACUUGAUCUUGCUGAUUCAAAAUCCAAGGCCAAAAAAAUAAGUGUUGGUUUUUCUGUUGUUUUUAUUAUUAUUUUUUCCUGGUUUCUUCUGCUCUGAUGCAUUCCUGGGAAAGUUAUUUAACAACUUGAGGUCCAUUUUGAUCUCCACAUACAGGAGUAAUAUUUACUUCAAAGAGCAAAUCCUAGAUGUUAUUCAUUCAUGCCUGACACUCUGCAUGAUGUACUGAAGGGAAGGUGGAGAAAAAUGAAAAUGAGUAUUUUAUGAUCUCCUGCUUUGCAUGAUUGCUGAUACUAUUACUAAGUAGUAGCAGUCAAAGAUGGAUUUCUGUGUUUGCUUCUUGACCAAGCUGUGCUAAUCUUGCUGGCUGUAUAACAGAAUAAACAACAACAAUUAACUUCUGGGGUAUGGUAGAUCUCAAGCAGAUGACUUUUCACAAGAAAUUUUGAUGGUAAACUGUUAAGCAUUUAAUGAGUUAUAUGUAAUUUCUUAAAGAUGGGUAUGUUACCUGUAAAAAUCCAUGUAAUAUCUAGAGAUAAGCCCUAAUAGUAAGUUGAGUGGACACAUAGACUGUAUCUGUAUGAUGAACCAUAACCAUCAGAAAUUGCAACACUUAGCCAGCAAAAGGAAAGGCAAACUGCAGUAACAUCUGGAGGAGAAUGUCCCCAGCAUGUGCAGAAUGAAGGCAUCAGAUCUGCCUAUGAAUUAUACACUCAGAAUUGCAAAAAAAAUUCAAGAAAGAAGAAGCAUCUUGUCAGUGUUUUUUGCUGGAAUAAAUAAUACCCAGCAGCAAAGAACGUAAUACCAAGAACUUUAGAAAAUAACAAAUACAGUACAAUAUAUAUGUAAAUGCAGAUAUAUGUAUUAAAAAUACCACUCCAGUUGCUCAUCUUCUUAAUGUUUUCUGGUUAUCCUAAACAAGAGUUUGUGGUUAAUGAUAAUAUUAUCUGGUGUACAGCAUUAGUGGAUGAGGUGGGAGGAUGGAUGGGAACUGAGGCAGUAAUAGAGCUUCAUGUUUCACAAGAGAACUUCUGUGAUAAACAGAGGCUUUCAGAGACCUUUCUCACCAGAGGAAUCUUUCUUUUAACAACUGCUCCUGCCCCCUUUAUUCGUGUUGCACCCGCUGCUAGUGAGAGCUGCUCAUGGAGUUUUAUGCAAUUUCAGAGCACCUGAAAGAAACAAAGCUCCGAGCUGUUAAGAUCUCAGCGUGGCUGGCAGAUGAGAGGAAAUUUUGUAUGAGCAAAGACUGCAAACUCAGGCCCUAACAGGCUCUGGAUUAGAUUAGGUGGUAUCUGAUUGCACAAAAACCCUCUGUUCCUUCCACAUGGCAAAGAACCCCAAUACUAUAAGACACCACAUUCUUCCUCUUUAAGGGGAACCUUCAAAAUGGGUGGCACCCAGCAGGAUGCAUCUGAAUCCCAGCAAUAGGACCCAGCAGCUGGCAGGAUUUGGCCACGUCCCAGCAGUCAACCCUCUGCUCUCUGGCACCCAUCUGGUGAGCAGUCCAGAGCACAUUCAGAAGCUGAGCUCAGCUACAAGCAAAGAAAUUAAGUUGAUCAGCACCGCAGGGGGAAUCCAGUUGGAUCCUAACUAUGAUCCCUGUCCUGAAGCAUGCAAGGACCCCAAAAUAAUAUAGCACAGAGCUGAAUCCAAGCUUCCCCUUCAUUUGUUCCUGCAUUUCUGAAAAUGCAGCUAUUGAAAGAUACUAAAGUUCAUGGCAUAAGCUCAGUAGUGUUCAAGAUCUUGUGCUCUUAACUGAAAACCUACUUAGGGUCACUACGUUGAGCUAGUUUUUCUGAGUAUCACCAUAGAAGUGCUCAUUGCAAAAGGCAGGGAUGAAAACAUAAAGCAAAUGCUGACGGAACUGAACUUGGAAAGUAAAACAUUCACAGAGCAGAAAUGUGGAAGAGUGGGAGUAUAGAGGCAGAAAGUAAUUCCAGUUUCGUCUAGCAGCAGUAUUGUUUUAUCCCAAUGAUCUCACAUUUUUAAAAGGAAAGUGGGAACUAAAAAUCAGAGUUUGGAGACAAGAAGGAGCAGCACUUCUCAAGUGGGCUGAGAGACCUUAUUUCCCAUGUGACUUAACCCCACUGCUAAUGAUUGAAAUACAUUUAAGAGCAUGCUAUGGCAUUCUGAGCAGAAAUACAAUGUCAAAUGCUUCCUAAAGGGAUCUGUAAACCUUCAAACACAGACAAUACCCUAAAAGAUGCCGUUGUGUUUGAAGGUUAGACUCCUCUAUCUUCCGUGAGGAUUAAGAAGUUAACAAAGCUAGACUGGUAUCUGACUAAAUGUUCUUUGCCUAUUUCCCAUUCAAAGGAAUGGCCCUUCAGGCUGUCCCUGUUCACACCCUCACCCACUGUCCAGAAAGGAAAAGACAGUGUACUGUAGCCUGCUAUGGAACCUUGUUUUCAUUUAAAAGAGAAGUUUUACAACAGUGGGAUGACAAGUGGUAUCAUUUCACUUUCCGCAGUGUUCUGUUUUCGUUUCUCUUCUGGGCAGAUCCUUUUCUCACCAUUGAUGAGAUGCUGGAAAUGUCAUACCUUUACCUUUUGGUACUUAACUAAAGCAGCACUUGCUUGCAGGAAAGCAGUAAUUCUACAGAUACUGGUAGAAGUGCUGGAGCGUGUCAGGUAAUGAGCCUGGAGUACUUAAACACAGAGUAGUUCAAAAUAAAAAGAGUUACAAAGCAAACUUACUUAUGUCAUUAACAGAGCUCUCUCUCUGUUUGCUUUACUUCAGCAUUGUCUAUCCAGCUCGUUAAUAGCACAAACAUGUGCCAUCCCUGUGAGCAAACAUCCUGUAGAAAAUGCUCAAGAACAAGGACAGCUCAGCACCACUUGUUCUUGUUAUGACAGCCAUGACUUUCACUUCUGCAACGAAUCAAAGCACAUCUGAGAUUAUGUGCGUGUUUAUCAGACAAAGGGACGGAGUUUUAAGGACAGAAGAAACAUCAGUAUCUUCCAAGAUCUCUAAUAUUUUGGAAGAUCUUGAGUGCCAUUUGAAUUCUCAGGGUGCAGAGAACAUAUAUGAACCAACUAAAAAGGUGGAAGCGAAUGUGUUUGAAGAUAUUGAAUUAAGAGUAAUAAUGAACAUUUCAGAGAUCAUUUCCUGCCACUGUUUUUUUAGAGAAGUCCAAGCAUGUGAGCCUACAUUGGAUUCAGAUAACCAGUAUGUUAUUUCUUUGUCUUUUUCUCAAAUAAAAGAAACACAAGCUGGAAAAUACACUAUCUCAGUCAUCAGUAAAAACAGCAAUUACACCAUCAUUGUUCCUAUUCUCAUCCGAAGUAAACCGGGCAAACCCUAUUUCAGGAUAUCUGAAAAACUGGGUGUAAUAGAGUGCGUAUCAGAGAGCUACCCCCAGCCCUCUGUGAAGUGGACAUUUUGCAAAGCACGUGGAAAGAGCUGCCUUAAUAAAAUGCAUGAAGAAAAUGGAGAAAUAGAUGGCAUACAGAAGGUACAAUAUGAAUUAUAUCAGAGUGAAUUGUUUGAAACUUACAUAUGGUGCUGUGCAGCUAAUGACCUGGGCAGAGAAUGCUCCAGUCUCUUCACUAUAGAUUUAAGUCAAAGACCAGCAGCACCUUCAGCUGAGUUAUUUCUCAAAAUUGGGGAGCCACUGCUGAUCAGAUGCAGAGCUGCUUAUCAGAAUUACAAAUUCAGAAUCAAUUUAUCUUCUGAAAACAAAGAAGCACAGCAGAAGCACCGGUUUGAGGGGUUGGAGUACCAAACAGACCGCUCAGCCAUUCGGAUCCAGUACAUGUUUACUUCAGCAGCGAGAAAAGGAGACAGCGGACGUUAUACCUGCUCUUCUACAGCUCAUCCAAAUCAAACUGCUUUGGUUACUGUUUUAGAAAAGGGCUUUAUAAAUAUUACCGAUUCUAAAGAAGAUUUUGAAAUCGGUGAUGAAGAGUUUUGCUUUGAGGUUAACUUCACAGCGUAUCCACCAGUUAAAUGCGUGUGGCUUUUUUCCCAGAGAACAUUUCCAUGUAGGCAAAGUUACAGUGAGGAUGGACGAAGCAUUUCAUCGAAGUUCUGCAACCAUCAUCACCGUUCUGGGAUCUAUAUAUUUUAUGCUGAAAAUGAUGAUACGGUCAUGACGAAAAAAUUCACUUUGUACGUGAGAAGAAAACCUGAAGUAACAAUGCAGUUGUUGUUCAAGCAGAUCUACUGCAUUGCUGACAGCUAUCCGGCCUCAUCCUGGGUUUGGAGGAACUGUCCUGACCUGAACUCAUCCAACUGUACUGAAGAAAUCAAGGAAGGGAUCCAGAACUUCCUGCCAGAAAGGAGAUCUCUGGGGUCAUGGAUUUCGAGCAGUAUUCUAGAUGUAAAGGAGACAGCAAGAACGUUCUCUGUUGAAUGCUGUGCAAGCAAUUUGGUUGGCUCCAGCUGCAGAAAGAGCUUCAUUAAUAUGUCAGUUGCAGGAACUGUUUCUUCUCUGCCAGACAACGCUGCACUCUAUGUCUUUGCUGGGUUUAUCUUCCUGUUGAUCACUUUUGUGUGUGUACUCAUUUGUCAUAAAUACAACAAGCAAUUUAGAUAUGAAAGCCAGUUGCAAAUGAUUCAGGUGACUGGACCGUUGGAUAAUGAGUACAUCUACGUUGACUUCCGUGAAUAUGAAUAUGACCUCAAAUGGGAAUUUCCCAGGGAAAACCUGGAAUUUGGACAGGUUCUCGGCUCUGGGGCUUUUGGGAAAGUGGUAAAUGCUACAGCUUAUGGAAUAAGCAAAGCAGGAGACUCGGUGCAGGUUGCAGUCAAAAUGCUAAAAGAAAAGUCUGACACUUCAGAAAAAGAUGCUCUGAUGUCUGAGCUGAAGAUGAUGACUCACAUUGGAAGCCAUGAGAAUAUUGUGAACCUGCUAGGAGCCUGCACUGUGUCAGGACCAAUCUACUUGAUUUUUGAAUACUGUUGCUAUGGUGACCUUCUCAACUACUUAAGGAGCAAGAGAGAAAAAUUUCACUGGACUCUGACUGAUAUUUUUAAACAACACAACUUCAGUUUCUAUCACAAUAUCUGUUCGGACCAAAAUUCCAGGAAGGGAACCCACCUGAAAUAUGGUGUGAACAUGGAUCUGUAUGGAGAGGAUGAACUCAAAGUCACACAGAUAAGCCAAAACAUAAAUAUGACCUCUGGACCAAAUGGGAUUGCACUCUGUUCUAAGGAGGAUGAAAUGAAGUGUGCAAGCAGACAGAUGGAUGAAGAAGAGGAUUUUAAUGUGCUCACUUUUGAAGACCUUUUAUGCUUCGCUUGUCAAGUUGCCAAAGGAAUGGAGUUUCUUGAGUCCAAAUCGUGCAUUCACAGAGACCUCGCUGCCCGCAAUAUACUGGUGACCCAUGGGAAAGUCAUGAAAAUAUGUGAUUUUGGCCUUGCCAGAGAUGUCGUGAAUGAUUCCAAUUACAUUGUCCGGGGCAAUGUUCGCUUACCCGUCAAAUGGAUGGCUCCUGAAAGCUUAUUUGAGGGGAUGUACACCUUGAAGAGUGAUGUUUGGUCUUACGGAAUACUGCUGUGGGAAAUAUUCUCUCUGGGUGUAAACCCCUACCCUGGCAUUCAAGUUGAUGCAAACUUCUACAAACUAAUUAAAAGCGGAUUUAAAAUGGACCGACCUUAUUAUGCCACAAGACACAUCUAUUAUGUGAUGCAGUCCUGCUGGGCACUGGACUCCAGAAGAAGACCCACAUUUUCCCAGCUGGUUUCUUCUCUUGCCUGUCAGCUGGUAGAGGCAGAGGGAGCAGUUUACCAGAACAUGGAGAAAACUGUUUCUCCACCCAAAUCCAACAACAAAACUAACCCACGUACAAGUAAGGAUGAAGAAUCUCUUCUGUCCCCAGCUCUGCUCCAACAUGAAAACUCUCAUGCUGAGAAAUGAACUGGGUCCUGGACUUGAUCUCAGUAUUCUCCUGAACUCCAUGUAGCAUAAGUGCUUCACAUCACCACUAAGAUGUUAUCACCUGCUGCUCUAUUCACAUUUCUGAUGGGACAGUCCAUGUUCAUGUUGUCUUGAGGAGAAGACACAGCAGUUCAUUUCUUUCACUUCAACAAGCACGUCUGUAAUAAAACAGGUACAGCUGUCUUUUAGCCAUCCCUCUGUGACCAGAUAUGUCUUCACUGGUUUUAUGUAAGCAGUAUCUAACACCCAGCUCCCAGCCUGACUGCAUAAACUUGGCUGCCUAAGAUGAGAGCACAUCUCUUUAACUUGCCUUCAGAUUCCCAGGGCAAUAAGAAGAGGCUCAGUAUUUUGUUAACACAGCUAAAAAUACACAUUAUUGUCAUGAUGGG